AUGAGUGAAUCAAACUAUACUAAGGAGAAAAAAGUCGGUGAAGGUACAUAUGCUGUGGUUUACCUGGGCAAACAGCUAAGUUCUGGAGAUAGUAUUGCUGUGAAGGAAAUUAAGACUUCUGAGUUUAAGGAUGGAUUGGAUAUGUCAGCUAUAAGGGAAGUCAAGUAUUUGCAAGAGUUGAAUCAUCCUAAUGUAAUUAAUUUGAUUGACAUUUUCAUGGCCUAUGAUAAUCUAAAUCUUGUCUUAGAAUUUUUACCUACGGAUUUAGAAGUUGUCAUAAAGGACAAGAAUAUUUUGUUUACCCCUGCUGAUAUAAAAUCAUGGAUGUUGAUGACCUUAAGAGGGGUAUAUCAUGUACACAGAAAUUUUAUACUACACAGAGAUUUGAAACCUAAUAAUUUAUUAAUAUCGCCUGAUGGUCUUAUCAAAGUAGCAGAUUUUGGGUUGGCCAGAGCUGUCCCAGGUCCAAGAGAAAUGUUAACAAGCAAUGUGGUUACUAGAUGGUAUAGAGCCCCUGAACUGUUAUUUGGUGCAAAACAUUACACUUAUGCGGUGGAUGUUUGGUCUAUUGGUGUAAUAUUUGCUGAGUUAAUGUUAAGAAUACCCUAUCUACCAGGUCAAGAUGAUAUGAAUCAAAUGGAAGUAACAUUUAGAGCAUUAGGUACGCCUACAGAUAAACAAUGGCCGGAAGUCUCUUCGUUUCCUGGAUAUAAUAAAUUACAAAUUUAUCCAUCACCAUCAAGAGAUGAAUUAAGAAAGAGGUUUAUUGCUGCUACAGAGAGUGCAUUAACUUUAAUGGAGAAUAUGUUAAUGAUGAACCCGCAAACUAGAUGGAACACUAUUCAAUGUCUUGAAAGUGAAUAUUUUAAAGAGCUACCGGCCCCUAGUGAUCCAGCUGAUAUAAACAUUUUCUCGCAGAAGGUAUAA